AUGAGUUUAAGAGCUAGAUUUGUUACCGAGAUUGGUUACAAUCUAGAAUAUUACGAAUAUCUUAAAGAUUAUAAAGACAUUUGGGGAAACCAGUUAUUUACAUUGGAUGAAUCAAAAGUUAAAGCGCUUAUACCAAAAGCUCAAAAAUAUGAUUAUAUUUCGAAUGAAGAUUUGAAUCUAUCUCAAUUGGAACUAAGAGAAGUGGAUAAACAAUAUUUUCAAUACAGAUUCAACACAAACGUGAAGCUAAACAUUAUACAUGAUAAAAUUGAACAAGAAAUUCAAUUAGAAAAUGAAGUACCGUAUAAAUUAAAUGACAUUACCGAAAGAAACGCAAAAUUAAUAGCAGUUGGAGGUCACAUCACAUCGAUGCAAUGGUUACCUCAAGAUUUAAUGGGCGAAGUGAAACCCAAAGUAAGUUAUUUAGCAAUAGGAGUAGUAAUUGGCGAAGAUCGUGACUUAAAAGAUGUUAACCCAACUAAUGCUGAACUAAACAUUUUCAAUAACACUAGAGAAAAAAAUUUGAACUCAUCAAUACAAAUUUGGCAGUAUAAUACCGAAAAUAAUGAAUUUGAACUUUAUAAAGUUUUCAUAACGUCUGCGUUUGGUGCUGUAUCGGAAUUACAAUGGGCUCCAAUAUAUACUGAUGACCCAAUAUUGGGAGUGUUAACAUGUGUUUUUAAAGAUGGUAAAGUUCAUUUGUUGAAAAUAGAAACAUCUGCACCAAAUUAUAGCAUAAUUGAAAAAUCAUCUUUUAGUUAUUCAUCAGAAUCAAAGAAAAAUAAAAAUUCACAUUUUACAUGCUUCAGCUACAGUGGACCUCAUAGGAUUUUAGCUGGUAAUACAGAAGGAUAUAUAACCGAGUUUCAAACACCUUUUUAUUACAAAGGUGACGAUCUAGCAAAACCUAAUUACAAAACAUUCAUGUCGAAUGGACCAAUUUCAAAUAUCACUUGUGUCAAAAAUCCCGAUAAUCCGAACGAUUAUAUAAAUGUAGUUAAUGGUCAAGGACAUAAAGGAGUUGCAUUUACAUCUCGAAAUCCUGUUUCAGAAGUAUUUUCACCAUUAGUAGAAAAAUCUAACAUUAAACCAACUUACAAUCAUACAUUGCAAAAUAUUCUAUUAGCUUAUAAUUUAGAAUAUAGUAACGUUGCCAGCUUCAGAUCAUUACAAGAUUCAGAAAUGACUAUGUUUAAAUUUGAUAGUCAUAUAACAAGUGCCAAAAUGUCUGAAAUUUUAGGUCAUCCAUUUAUGUUAACGGGUACAACAAAUGGUGAAAUAAUAUUAAUUAAUUAUACAAGAAAAUUCUUAACAGCUAGAGGUAGAAAUAAAAUGUUGAAUCCUUUGAUUAUGUGGAAAUUUUUGUUAAAUCCAUCGAGAGAUAAAAAAGGUAAGAAUUCUAAGGACGAGCUCUCGUUAAUAACAACUUUCCUGAAAACUGAAAUGGAAAGUAACUUAACGACUACUUUUUCAGAUAAAGAAAUUAUGAUCUCAUCGCUAGCUUGGAAUGAAAAUGCCAUUGGUGCUUCCAUUUAUGCUGCUGGUACAGCAUCUGGGGUUUUAAUAGUUGAAAGAUUAGAUCCAAACUUUGCAUAA